AUGCGGCUUUUGACCUUCUUCGGUGCUCUCGCACUUAUUCCUGCUGUCACCUCGUCGCCCGUGACAGGAUACAAGCUUGCUGCCCGUGAUGAUAAACGAGGCAAUGAGACUGUUGCUGGGCUCGGAGCUCGUAAGCAAGCGGUGACUGGUGCUGGCGGCAACACUCGCGACCUGGCUAUUGCGAUGCUGGAGACUACGACCAUGACUGCUGACUAUACCUAUGGGGAUGGUAAGACUGGAGAAGCUACCAACUUUGGUAUUUUCAAGCAGAACUGGUAUAUGCUGCGCCACUCUGCGUCUGAGUUCUUGGGCGAGACCGUGGACCAGGUUGCCGAUGGAGCGAUUUUGAACACCGAUUUGGGCAAGGACAUCCAGGCCCGUCAUGACGGCGAGGAGAAGUAUGGCUUUGACGUUUGGUUUGCCGGUCAUCGCAAUGGAGAGUCUGGCGUUAAUGAUCCCAAUACUUCUGACAUAAACGCAUACAAGGAUGCGGUUCUGUGGAUCCAACAGCAGAUCGAGAGCGAUGAGAAGUACCAAAGUGAUGAUACUCGCUUCUGGGUCGACGUCCAGGCUAUCUAA